AUGUUGAACCGAAUACCUUUCACACCAGGAAUAAAUGUACACAUAGAAGAAAAUCUUAAAUAUCAAGCAACUAAAUUACCCAAUAAUAAUAAAAAAUGUGCAAUCAUCUUUGACGAAAUGCCUUUAAGUGCCGGACUGAAGUACGGUAAAAAAUAUGAUAUGGUAUUUGGAAUUCAUAAAUCUGAAAACCAAGCAGCAAAGUUUGAAGACCAUGUAAUUGUCUUUAUGUUAAGAGGAAUCAUUAAGAAAUGGAAGCAGCCAUAUGCCUAUUACUUCUGCACCAAUACCACCAAAACCAGCGAUCUUGUCAACUACCUGGAAACUGUCAUCAAAAGUGUCAAUAAAACGGGAUUUGAAAUUGUAGCUACUAUUUGUGACCAGGGAGGGACAAACAGGGCAGCUAUCAAUCACCUUAUAUCUGAAACCAAUAAAAAAUAUACCUUAAUCAACCGAGAAAAAAAAUGUGGGUUUUGA